UCCAAGCUGAAACCAUAGCAACAGUUUACAAAAUUAUAAGUUUCCCAAACACAAUUCACAUACCCAUAAAUUUUUCCACGUACAUAGUCACAUAAAUUACUAAGAUUCACAAUGAACACUGUACAGUUUGCGUCGAAAUUUCUGGAGAAUGCUGAUUCCAAGGCGAAAGGAAAAGCUUACACCCUGGCCGAUUCGGUGAAGGCGGAAAAAAUCGAACCCCCUGUGACUGUCAUGCCUUGGCAUCACCCCAAUCCAUUUGUUUCGUUAAAAAUGCAGGAUAAAGCAGCUUACAAGGAACAUUUGCUCGACCACUUAGCUGCUCUAGAUAUAGAGUCACCCACAUCUCCUGUGUUGCUGUCCAAAAUAAUUUGCACGAUAGGAAAGUCAACUUGCAAUUCUCCGACAAUAGAAAAAAUGAUCAAGAACGGUAUGUCAGUCGCUCGCAUUGACAUGUCGCAUGGGAGCCUGUUGGACAAUAUUGACCUUCUGAGGGAAACGAGAACUUUUAUAAUUGAAUAUUGUUCCAAAAACAAAAUAGUCUAUCCAAUCGCGAUUGCCGUCGAUAUCAAAGGUCCUGAGAUUCUCACUGGAGUUUUAUACAAGGCUGAGAAAGUAACGUUAGUCGAAGGGGAUACGAUUACUCUCACCACCCAUCCGUCUUGGGAGGAAAGAGGCAGCCAAGCGAAAAUCUUCGUCGAUUAUAAAGAUCUAGCCCAAAUAGUACAGCCGUUGGAUGUAAUCCUUCUGGAUUACGGGAGAGUUAAGCUCAGCGUCCGUGGCACAGUGGACAGCGAUAUAGUAUGCGAUAUUGUUGCUGGUGGUGAAAUCCAUUCGUACUCUGACGUUAUGGUGUUGGACGUUCCUUUAAGCAUGCCUUUCCUAACACAAAAAGACAAAAAAGACCUGGAAGCUUUGGUAGGUGAAAGUGUAGACGUUGUAUUUAUAUCAGGUGCAAUCGGAAAAAAUUCAGUCGAACUUGUAAGAGAAUUCUUGCGUCAAGAUAACAUGAAAGGCGAGUGCAUAAUGAUUGUAUCGAAAAUCGAAAGCAAAUUGGCUUUAUCCAGGUACGACGAAAUCUUAGCGGCGUCAGAUGGAAUUAUAAUAAACAGAGGUAAACUGGGAAUCGAACUUUCUACAGAAAAGGUCAUGCAGGCGCAGAAGGCCAUGAUUGCGAAGGCGACAAAAGCUGGAAAACCAAUUUUCUCAGUGUGCGAGUAUCUAAACUCGAUGAUACACAAAAAUUGUCCGACGUUUGCCGAAGCGGCGGACGUUGUCGCGACGAUCCAUGAUGGGGUGGAUGGUAUCAUUUUAAAAGACGAAACGGCCAUCGGCGAAUACCCAGAUGUGGUCGUCCGUACGCUCAACACGCUUUGCAAGGAAGCCGAAUCUCUUAUUUGGCAGCAGGAAGUCUGGUCAUCCUUAAACAUGGCAGCGACACCACCUGUAGACCCUUCUCACGCGAUCGCCAUCGCAGCGGUCGAAGCGUCAAUGAAAUCCCAUGCAGCAGCUAUAGUCGUCGUGACGACAUCUGGUACAUCGGCAAAGUUAAUUGCUAGGUACAGGCCGCGAUGCCCUGUUCUCGCUGUCUCCAGAUACGGCGCAGUCGUCAGGCAGAUGAAUCUGUACAAAUGCAUCGUUCCAGUCCAUUAUGUCGCCGGGCCGCACAAAAACUGGCACGUGGACGUCGACCUUAGGCUCCAGUACGCUAUAAACCUCGGCAAAAUCGAGAAGUACAUCAAACCUGGAGACCCCCUGAUUUUGGUCAGCGGAUGGAGACAAGGUGCAGGCUUUACGAACAACAUACGCGUCGUGUACGCAUCAGCCGACGAGCCGUGGGUUCUGCCGUUUUCACCCGUAGUAAUCGCCUGAAGUGAAAUCCUGAAUUGAAAAUUAUAAGAGGCAUAGAUAACAUUUAUCUUGUUAGUAAUAUAUAUUUCACAAAACAUAAUCUUUUAUUGUUCCUUAAA